CUUUGAGAUCCUUGGAUGAAAGACGCUCUAGAACGGCAAAGUGUUACUAAAAAAGAGGGAGUGAUCCUGCCUUUGGUCUCGGGAAGGCAGAGCUGGGUUCGGCACCAGCACACAGAUCCCCGUGGGCGGGCGCUGAUCCUAGGCAGAGUUCCCAUAACCUAGUUCUUCCGCAGCUCAGUCCUGGCAAGGGAAGGUCAGAAUAUGGGGCCUGAGAUUUUAGCCAGAACAGAGUCAGCACCAGGCCUUAAGGCCGCCCCGUGCCGCUGAACUUCGUGAUGUUCUGGGUCUGGAUCCAGAUCCCAGUUCCGGUCCCUUCCUAGCUGCCCGUCCCCCAGGCUGGUCCUGCCGUGGAGGCCCUGCUGAGCUACAGUGAGGAAGAGGGGCUGGGAUGGAGGCGUGUCUGCCCCACCGUCUCUCUGCCAGGCUGAACAGACCCUAGGGAAGCUGCCGUCUUGCCCCGCCCAGCGAGGGAGCUAGGAUGCGAGCAUCCCCAGACACAGGCUCAGGCAGCCUCCGUGUUGCUAGGUAACCGGGCCAGAGGAUUUUGCGAUGCCAGUCACGCUGCUGAAGUUCCCACCCCUCCCUCAGGGCCGCGGCGCUGCCUGCGAAGGGGUCUCCUCAUUCAGCGCUCUCCUCCGGGAUGGUCAGGCAGGUACCAGGGCCAGAUGCCAGGAGGGAGUCCCAGUUUGGGGCCUGCCAGACUGACCCAGGCGAGCCCCCGUCGCUUGCCCCCUGAGCCGACACCAUGAUCUCCACGAAAGAGAAGUCCAAGGCCCCCAAGGAUAGCAUGACGCUCCUUCCGUGCUUCUACUUUGUGGAGCUCCCGAUCGUGGCUUCCUCCAUCGUGACGCUGUAUUUCCUGGAGCUGACCGACCUCUUCAAGCCAGCCAAGGUGGGUUUCCAGUGCUACGACCGGGCCCUGUCCAUGCCUUACGUGGAGACCAAUGAGGAGAUGAUUCCUCUGCUGAUGCUUCUCAGCCUGGCCUUCGCUGCUCCUGCCGCCUCGAUCAUGGUCGGGGAAGGCAUCAUCUACUGCCUGCAGUCCAAGCUGAAGGGGCGCAGUGGGUCGGAGGGGAGCAUCAACGCCGGCGGUUGCAACUUCAACUCCUUCCUGCGCAGGACUGUAAGGUUUGUGGGGGUCCACGUGUUCGGACUCUGUGCCACCGCCCUGGUGACGGACGUGAUCCAGCUGGCCACUGGCUACCACGCCCCCUUUUUCCUGACCGUCUGCAAGCCCAACUACACGCUGCUGGGGAUCUCCUGCGACUCCAACCCUUACAUCACCCAGGACAUCUGCUCGGGCCAGGACCAGAAUGCGAUUCUCUCUGCCAGGAAGACUUUCCCGUCCCAGCAUGCAACGCUCUCAGCCUUCGCCGCUGUCUACGUGUCGAUGUAUUUCAACUCCAUCAUCUCGGACAGCACCAAACUCCUGAAGCCCAUCCUGGUCUUCGCCUUCGCCAUCGCCGCCGGCGUCUGCGGCUUGACCCAGAUCACCCAGUACCGCAGCCACCCUAUCGACGUCUACGUGGGCUUCCUCAUCGGCUCCGGGAUCGCGGCCUACCUGGCAUACCACGCGGUGGGCAACUUCCAAGCGCCAACCGAGAGGGCCCCGGCCAACCCCCCCACCAAGGACGCCCUGCGGGCCCUGACUCAGCGGGGCCACGACUCGGUGUACCACCAGAAUAAGUCGGUCAGCACGGACGAGCUCAACCCCCAGACCCGGCUGGACGGGGUGAACCGCCAGGUCCAGCGGGAGAAGAACUCCCUGGGCAGCCUGAAACGGGCCAGCGUGGACGUGGACCUGCUGGCCCCCCGCAGCCCCAUGGGCAAGGAGAACAUGGUCACCUUCAGCAACACCCUGCCCCGGGUCAACACCCCCUCCAUGGACGACCCCGCCCGGCGCCACAUGACCAUCCACGUCCCCGUGGACGCCUCCCGCUCCAAGCAGCUCAUCACCGAGUGGAAGCAGAAAUCCCUGGAGGGCCGGAGCAUGACGCUGGCCGAGGAGGCCAGCGGGCACGCGAGGGCUGGCUCAGACUCGGUGGGCGCGGAUGAAGAGGAGCACGUCCCCCCCUCACUCUACCCGACGGUGCAGGCCCGCACGGCUGAGCGGGCCGCCAUGGGGCCCCGGGUUCUCAUCCAGCCCCGGCCGGGGGCAUCCCAGCUGGUUCACAUCCCCGAGGAGAGCCAAGGCACUGCCAACAUCUCGCCCAACAGCAGCUCAGCCGUGCGGGCCAAGUGGAUGAUGAUGGCGGAGAAGGGGGCGGGCCAGCGGGUGGCCAACCCGCCUCGGCUCAUGCAGGUCAUCGCCAUGUCCAAACAGCAGGGCCUGGUGUCCGUCACCCCCAAGCACUCGGAGACCUCCUUGUCCUCCACCAGCUCCGACUCCUCCCAGUACCGCUCGCCGUCAGAGCGGGACAGCUCCAGCAUCGUCACCAUCGACGCCCACGCCCCGCACCACCCCGUGGUGCACCUCUCCUCCGGCAACGGGCCCUGGGAGUGGAAGGUGGCCCAGAAAGGCUCAGACGGGCAGGACGCCUACGAGCUGAACGAGAUGGGCAAGGAUUACCGGGGCUUCCGGCCCACCAGGAGCGCCGGCGUCUCCCCGGGCUCCUCCGUCAGCGACAUCGAGCAGGACGAGCCGCGCUACGGCAGCGUGGCCACCAUCAACGUGGCGCCGGGAGGGAGCGGGGUGGCGGAGCGGGGCGAGGGCAUCCCGGAGAAUGUGCUAGGCCCCGCCAGCCGGGAGUCCACCCUGCGGAGGAAGCCCACCGGCCUGACGGUCAGCGAGAAGGACGGACACACGGACAACGAGGCAGAAAACUACUACAAGAAAAUCCAAGCCAACCGGAGAUUUAAGGAGUAAUUCCCUCCCCCUCCCCCCCCCGGCUUCCACCCCACCCUGCCCCGACCCAGGGCAGCUGUCCAGAGCGGGGAACCUGCCUUCGUGGGUGUCUCCACUGCUGAACGACACAAUCAGCCCGCUUCGUGUGCUGCUGCUUUGGGACGAGGCCAGGACCGGGGUGGGGCGAGCAUCCGUCUUUGGGGGGCCUCCGGGGAUUUAUAUACAGCAGCCUCAAAGCGGAGCAGCACGUGGAGAAGAUGGUGCGAGCGCCGGAUGGGAGGGGUGGACUAGAAGAGGCAGGGACGGCAGAGUUCUUCUCCAGGGUGUUAAAACAACCAGCCCUCCGCGGGACUCCAAAUGUCCAACCAGGGGAGGAAUUUUCCAUGUUUAUUUAUUUGUUAACCAGGUGCUGACGGGUCCCGGGAGGGUUUGAGUUUGUUCGGCUGUUGCGAUGGUGGGGUGGGAGAGAAUGAAUUACCUUGAAAAGGCGGAAUCCAGGAGUCCUGGGCUCCAGCCUUGCCUGUGGAUUUAUUUGCCUCGCUCGCCGGGAGCUGGCAGCCAACGGAUCCAGUCGCCAGCGUCCUGUGUCAUGUCCUGCUCCGUCUGUUUUAUUUGCAGGGGUGCACGUCCGACCACCGACUGAACUCUGGACACUGUCGGACUCUGUAAAUAGCUCCCUGACUGACGCGCGGGGCGUGCGCGGUGGGGAAGGGGCAUUAGCCGGGGCUCAAAGGCUUUUCACUGGCUGCCUGGAGAUUUUUCAGGGGCCCUUUGUUCAGGCGUCAGUGCCAGCCUGGCCACUCCUUGCCCUCUGUGCUGAGUCUCACAGAGAUCCCUCGGGACAGUUGAAGCUCACCCCAUGUACUGCCCGUGGGCGGUAAGAAGAGGCUGACGGACAAAGCUUUCCGGGGGGGGCACUUGCCUUAGCCGCCCAUCGGCCGAGGACACUGAUAAAUAACCCUCCGUGCUUUGCUACCAGGCCGUUCAGUCCUGCUGCCGCUUUACCGCCCCGUCCUGGCACAAGUGUGGUGCAGGGCACGGGCGUCCCAGGCGGGAUCCUGGCUUUGGAAGAGCGCCCAGGCUUGGGAUGGGGGCAACCUGAUUGCGCCGAUUUAAUUGUCUCUCUCGUCUCGCCGUCCCUGGGGUGAGACAGCGAUCAGAGCCGCCAACGCGUGGGGGGAGGGAGGAGCAGGGGGCUUUCGCACCAGCCUUGUGAUUUGAGCUGGUGGGAUUUUUAUUUAUUUAUUUUUUAAAUAGCGCGGGAAAGUUUGAGGACGUCUUCGUGAUGCUUUUGUCGUUGUCGUUUGCCCCCCCCCAUGAAAAAUGGCCCCCGGUUCCCAUCGAACCCAAUCCACAGCCAAGCUGGCCGCCCCUUACUCGCCGUGGGCCUGAUCCCAAGCCUAGUGACAUCUGACUUCAGUGGGCUUGGCAGCAGGGCCCCUGUGUGGCCCAGGCAGGAGACGGCGAUGGGACAGGGGAAGGCGAAGGGACAGGAAAUGGAUGUUGUCCCCCGUCACCCCCGGCUCUAGCCAGCAGCUGUGUGAGACCCUGUGGCCUUUACUUAGCCUUUGGGCUAGCUGGUCAGGAGCCGUGGGAGGGCUGUGAGCUGGAAGGCAGGUGGGGGAAUGGGAGGCAUGUGUAUGGGGGUGGAGGGUGAGGGGUUGCAUAAGGGGGAAAUACACUCUCUAGAGAGAUGGGGGGUCCUAGCUGGGCUCUGUGCCACAGGGGAGGAGGGUGCGGGGAGCUAACGCUGGGGGGACGGGGAAUUGCACAGUGGACUAACAGGCCUCGAUUCCUUACAUUGCCCAAUGCUACCGGUGCAAUUAGAAGGGUUCCUCUGAUCCUGCAGUGCUUUUCCAUUUCUCAUGGGCAGCCACGUUUCUGGCUGGCGGGGGAACUUCUCGGGAGAGCCGUGAGGAUGGAGCCCAGCCUGGUCCCCCGGCAGCGGCCAAGACAGGGCGCGUCCCCCCCUUUGAGGGAGCUUCGUGGCUGCUGGAGCUUGGGGCGGGGAGUUACAGGUGUCAUGGUAGGAAAGUAAGCCAGUCCCCAAACUGUAAAUGCAUCUGUCUGGCGAUGGCUGAACCUGCUGUGUUUGUAAGGAAAUAAAUGAAUGAACCUG